AUGGAAUAUGGCACAGACCGCGAGUACGUGGUCAAAGUCAGGGACGUACUGUUAGCACGCAAUGAGAACGUCCCAGUGCCACACUACACCUCUGGUUCCCAUGGCGACGGACACUGCAUCCGUGCCGUGUCACCGGGUUAUUCAUACCACUCCCCCUCCACAAGCUCCACCCACACAGAGCGGGUCAUGGAUGGAGCAGAUUGUCUGAAGCUCAAACUCGAGAGACUCAGUGCAUCACCAGGUCCACAGGACGCGCUGGAGAACAGGGUGCUGCAUUAA